GUCGUUCCUUUCAGCGCAGACGCUGUUUCCUCUGAUCCGAUCCCAGAUUGGACGAACAAGGCAGCUGACAGCCAGUCUGACAUUUAUUGGACACUUCCAUCAGUCCUUACCACUAAUUCCUUGCAUAUUCAUUAAAAGAAAGGAUCACAGUCUCUAUCAUGGGGAACAUUUUUGGAAAUCUGCUGAAGAGUUUGAUUGGGAAGAAGGAGAUGAGGAUUCUGAUGGUGGGCCUUGACGCAGCAGGAAAGACCACAAUCUUAUACAAACUGAAACUGGGAGAGAUAGUCACCACAAUUCCUACUAUUGGGUUCAAUGUGGAGACGGUGGAAUACAAGAACAUCAGCUUUACUGUGUGGGACGUGGGUGGCCAGGACAAGAUCCGUCCCCUCUGGAGACACUACUUCCAGAACACACAGGGUCUGAUCUUUGUGGUGGACAGUAAUGACAGGGAGCGAGUGAAUGAGGCAAGGGAGGAGCUGAUGAGGAUGCUGGCAGAGGAUGAACUGAGGGACGCCGUGCUGCUGGUGUUCGCUAACAAGCAGGACCUGCCCAAUGCCAUGAAUGCAGCAGAGAUCACUGACAAGCUGGGCCUACACUCCUUGCGCCACCGCAACUGGUACAUCCAGGCCACCUGCGCCACUAGUGGGGACGGUCUCUACGAGGGCCUUGACUGGCUGGCCAAUCAGCUUAAGAAUAAGAAGUGA